AUGUUUCAUAGGCAGUUGGCUAAACUCUGCUCCAAGGCGGCGGCGGCGGCUGCGAUGACCCCAGCGGGGGGGAAGUCACCGGAAGAGGGGGAGAAGACCGCAAAGGAACUGGAAAAAAGCCAGCAGCGCAAGCAGAUAUUUAUGCAGAAGUUUCGUGAGCGCUUGGCCAAUGACACGACGGGUAAAAACACACUGGAGGGAUUCAUGGAGCUUCCCGAAGGAAUUCCACCCACGGCGGCGGCGGUUGGCCCUCUGAAGCGGGGCGCGGAGCCGCUGCCGCCCUGGUUGAAGCUGAAGGUUGCAAAGGGCUUUUCACAGCGGCCUCGCUUUAACAGAAUCCGAAAGUCAAUGCGAGAGAAAAGUCUGGCAACCGUGUGCGAGGAGGCCAAAUGCCCCAACAUUGGAGAGUGCUGGGGUGGGGGCGAGGAAGAGGACACCGCGACGGCGACGAUCAUGGUUAUGGGAACACACUGCACACGAGGCUGUCGCUUCUGUUCUGUGCUGACAAGCCGCAGGCCGCCCCCACUGGACCCAAAUGAGCCGCAAAAAGUGGCAGAGGCCGUCGCAGAAAUGGGUGUUGAUUACAUUGUGAUGACCAUGGUUGACCGUGACGAUUUGGCGGACGGUGGGGCUGCGCAUGUUGUGCGGUGUGCGGAUGCUAUUAAGGAGAGGAGCCCUCAGCUGCUCCUCGAGGCGUUGGUGGGCGACUUCCACGGUGACCUGAAGCUCGCAGAGACGGUUGCCUCCUCACCGCUUAGCGUGUAUGCACACAACAUUGAAUGCGUGGAGCGCAUCACCCCAAAUGUGCGUGAUCGUCGCGCGACGUACCGUCAGUCACUUAAGGUACUCGAGCACGUCAGCACCUUCACCAAGGGCGCGAUGCUCACAAAGAGCAGCAUCAUGUUGGGCCUCGGGGAGCGGGAGGAGGAGGUCCGGCAAACCCUUCGAGACCUACGCACUGCCGGUGUUUCGGCGGUAACGCUCGGCCAGUACCUGCAGCCCUCACGCACGCGUCUGAAGGUGAGUCGGUACGCACACCCAAAAGAGUUUCAGAUGUGGGAGGAGGAGGCAAUGGCGAUGGGCUUUUUAUACUGCGCCUCUGGUCCACUGGUGCGGAGCUCUUAUAAGGCUGGUGAGUACUAUAUCAAAAAUAUUCUGAAGCAACGCGAAACCGCCAAAGCAACAACAACAACGAAUACUGCUUCUGCGGACACGAAUGCAUCUUCUACUGCAGCUUCUGCGACGUCUUCGGCGAAGUCGUAG